UCACGUGUUCCAUCUCAUUGUAUAAAAAAUAAAUACACAUGGUACGGUACACGGUCGCCUGUAAUACUACCGACCAAGUAAAAGUUAGUUGCUUAGUGUCUUUUUUUCUUCUCCGGCUAAUCACGUGUUUUGACAAAAUAUGAUGGUCUUAUUAGUGUGUGAUCCCAAGGGUGGCUAAACUAGACAUCCGUAAACUAGUGAACAUUUUUAAUAUAUGGACGUUGCACCCAGACAAAGAUUGAAAAUUAUGAUCCCUCGCCAAAAAGUUGUCAUGGACCAACUAGCGACGUCACUGACGUCGUCUGGCGUUACUUGGGAUAACAUUUUCGAAGUUAUGUAUAAAGCCCGAUUGCCGGGGGUGAGUGAUUGCUCGGCCGGGCAAACGGCCCGGGUAACCUCCAACCUGCAUCCGACGAGUACUAUGGCCGUGAGCCGCGUCCCGAGCCCGCCGCCACAAGAGGUCAACACGCCCGUUGCCGAAAAUUGGUGUUACACACAGGUUAAAGUAGUCAAAUUUAGUUAUAUGUGGACCAUAAACAACUUUAGUUUUUGUCGAGAAGAAAUGGGGGAGGUUCUAAAAUCAUCAACGUUUUCCGCAGGAGCCAACGACAAAUUAAAAUGGUGUCUGAGAGUGAAUCCUAAAGGCUUGGACGAAGAAAGCAAAGACUAUUUAUCCUUAUAUUUGUUAUUAGUAUCGUGCAAUAAAAGUGAAGUUAGAGCCAAAUUUAAAUUUAGUAUAUUAAACGCGAAACGCGAAGAGACAAAGGCUAUGGAAAGCCAACGAGCGUAUAGGUUUGUGCAAGGGAAAGACUGGGGUUUCAAGAAGUUCAUCAGAAGGGAUUUUCUCUUGGAUGAAGCGAACGGUUUACUUCCCGACGACAAGUUAACGAUAUUUUGUGAAGUGAGCGUGGUAGCAGAUAGUGUAAAUAUUUCAGGCCAGUCGAAUACAAUACAAUUUAAGGUUCCAGAAUGUAGACUGUCAGAUGAUCUAGGUUUACUAUUCGAAAAUCAAAAGUUCAGCGAUGUAACGUUGUCUGUAGGUGGAAGGGAGUUUCAAGCCCACAAGGCAAUAUUAGCAGCGCGGAGUCCUGUCUUCCAGGCGAUGUUCGAACACGAAAUGGAGGAACGGAAACACAAUAGGGUAGAUAUAACGGACGUGGACCACGAAGUAUUGCGAGAGAUGCUGAGGUUUAUCUACACGGGGAAGGCCUCAAAUCUCGAAAAAAUGGCUGAUGAUCUCCUUGCUGCGGCCGAUAAGUAUGCUUUGGAGAGGUUAAAAGUGAUGUGCGAAGAAGCUUUAUGUACAAAUUUAUCGAUAGAUAAUGCAGCAGAAAUUCUCAUCCUGGCCGACUUGCAUAGCGCCGACCAGCUGAAAGCUCAAGCCAUAGAUUUUAUUAAUACACAUGCCACGGACGUUAUGGACACUCCUGGCUGGAAGUCUAUGAUCCAGACGCAUCCCCACCUGAUAGCCGAAGCAUUUAGGGCGCUGGCGACGCAGCAAAUCCCGCCCAUAGGACCGCCGAGGAAGCGGGUGAAGCAGAGCUGAAGCUCGUGAGGCGCUCAGAAGCUGCCGCCAACCCGACUGCUUUAAUGUGUUCAAAGUUUAAAAAAAAAUCAUAAGUUAAAAAAAAGUUGAGAGAAGCGGAAUAGAUGAAGACACUCUUUCGCUCUCAUUGAAUUACAGACAGACACACACAUACGCGCUAAUGACGAGUGCUGUUUUUCUAGUGAUAGGCGUCUUUAAUCCUACUUUUUCUUUGUUUUUCUUUUUCUUCACUCACGAUGAGGAGGUUUUCGACACGGUCUUACUUUUAAAAAGUUGAAACGUUCUUGAAUUGAAAGUUCGUUUUUUUAAUUAUUUAAUUUCUUGUAAAGAUAUUUUAAUUUUGGGAUGAUAUGUGAUAUUUCCGGUAAUUGAAUACAAUUUUUUAUUAUUAUUAUUAUUAUUUAUAACAAAAUUUUAAAGUGUUUACGUUUUUUCCGAGAUACAUUUCAAAAUACACACUAGUCUUUAAUCUUUUAAUUAUUUCCACUCAAUGGUAAAACAUAUUCAAAACAGAAUAAGAAUAUUAUCAAUAUCUAAAAAGUGGUAUAUUCACAAAGGAAAAGAAAAACUAAGUCUUUUAAUCAGAAAAAAUAGAGUUGAAUCGACUAGUUUAGAUCAAAUUUAUUAUUUUUUUUUUAAUUUGUAUUUCCUUAGUACUUAAUAUUGUUUAUCACAUCUUUAUUAAUACUAUUCACAUUGUUAUAACUUGUUAUACAUCAUAAUCAUAUCUGAAGAGCUCGCAUGCAAAACUUAACACGUCCAACAUAAAUAUACAAGUUAUUGUGCAAGUUCACAACAAUUUUACACCAAAAUUAGACAAAAUCAUAUUCUAAAGGUACUAUCAAACUCCUAUUGUUUAACAAAACUGAACAAAUUACAUUCCCAUAAAUUUAUAUGCUAUUUUACAACAAAAUGUAACAAAUAUCCAUAUGUUAUUAAAUUAGAAAUAAACCCUUUCACCGCAAAAUUGAAAAGUAUUCAUAGCCUUGUAUUAAUAUGAUUAAUGUACUAUUUAAUACCGUUGGUGUUAUCUAUUUUGUGGAGAGCAAAAGUUUAAUCUAAAGAUAGAAAUAGUAAGCUCACAGAUUUUCUAUGAUUGUUUGUCGGUCUGAGAUUUAAGGGAACAAUCGUCAUCGAAGUCCAAACUUUCUCUUUGUAUAUCUCAUAAACUGCGGGCGUUUUUUGAAAAAUUUUUGGUAUUCAAAACUUAAAAUACAUUCUAAAGCUAGUUUUAUUAAAAGCUGUAGGGAAAAUAUUACUUAUCUGACUUUUGAGUUAUGUUGGACUUGUUAAGUUUUGCUCGCAAGCCUGACGAUGGUUAUAGAUCGAAACUAGUCGCUUCAUCCCUGUUCAAUCAUUUUUUUAAUGGUUAAGUGUUUUUCUUUUGCUUUAUAUUAAAAACAAUUUAAUAAUUGACACUUGUGAAAAAUCUGUGAAUUGUGGGAAAUGUUUAGAGCCCUUUAAUUAUAAAUCAGCUUUGGAAACACUUAACAAUACACGUAAGGAAACACGAUUAUUUAUGCAAGGUCCGUCAAAUAUUUCAGGGCUAUAAGCAAGGCUGACUAUCUUGAAGGGUACAGAGGCAUGUUUCCCAUGAAUUUUUGUUUUUUUAUUCAGUUUGUUUAUGUUAAAGUCAAUUUAUGAUUCAUGAAUAUUCAGUAAAGUAGGUUUCUAUCUUAUCAGUUUACAACACAGACAGAAAAAACUGGUCUAGUGUGAAUUGUUUUUAAAUCUAGUUCUCAAAUUUACAAAUCAAAAAUAUUGUCAAUUCACACUAGUAACACUGGAGUUUUAAUUCACAUUCAAG